AUGCCAAUCAUGAGCAUGUUGGCCUUGUUUCUUGACGUGACCAUCUUCACCGGGCAUCUGAUGCUGGGAUAUUGUGAGCCAGCGUACAGGAAGGAGUUCCCGACCAACAACUUCUGGGUUCUGACGGCAUUGUGGUCCAUCUGGAACAUGUUGUCACAUCCCUUUUGGCGAGACAAUGUUAUCGAUUUGUUUGUGGUCUGGCCGCCCGAGCUGCACACGGUUCUGAACGUUACAGCUAUCGUGGUAUGCUCUGCAACGCAGAUCAUGCCAUCAUGGAGGCACCUGGCAUGCAUGGUCAUGGGUGAGUUCUUCUUAAGCCUGGCACUUUCAGCUGCGGAGGUGCUGAGUGCCUUCGUGGAAGCCCUCGACCCGUCGGCAUUCGACUCGCCGACCGUCCGGUUUGACCUCGUAAUUUUCAACAUCGCCAUUCUCAUCAUCGGUUCGACCAUCGUGCUGGGUGCCCUGAAUCCGGAGAAAGAUAUGAAGAGCGGCGACCCCGAUGUGCUGUCACUUACGUCUGCUCUUCAUUCCCAAGCUUUCGAGGAUGACCUUGAACGGAGGAAGAGGGCGGUUUUAACUGCUCUAUGUGACACCGUUCUAACAACCAACGCCUACUUCGCCAUUUCGUCCAGCAAUGAAAGUGCAGAUAGGCUCUUCAAGCGGCCAAUGCUGCAUGAGGUCUUCACCGACUACCUCAAGGACAAUGCCGAGAAGGCAAAAUUUUUAUCGUCCAUGAGGAAGCAGUUUCCUGAAGAUGAUUCUUUAAGCGACGGUCCAAAGCGACUUAGGGUGACUAUGCGUGAUGCGCAUGGGAAGCUGUUUGAAACGGAUGUAGUGGUAUCUGAUGCCAGCACAGACCUGAGGACUGGCAAAGCCUCCAAGCUCAUGGUUGCGAUGCACAUUCGUCCUGAAUAUCGGUCUCAAGUUCUGGCAGAGGCAUCGAAACAGCGCCCCAAUCGGUGGAAAGGCGAGACAGGGGCUCCAGGUCAUGAUACCUCCCAGCCCAAUACAGUGAUGGCUGGUCUUGCCGGUCUGGCAGGUGAUCUGCAGUCGAUGGGCAUGGCCAUUGAGUCAGUACAGGUGGACCCAACGAGAUCUGUGCCACCCCAACUCAAAGGCAUUGAGGAACAGCAGCGUCUCUUCCAUCGAGAUUUCAGUCAGGAGCUGCUCAGCAUCUACAGAGACGUACUGCGCAAUGAUUCUUCUGGCAAGCAGCCAGGCUCAGCUAUGAGAAUUGCCUCAAAGACAGGACCACCACGCAUACGUCUGCACCGCGCAAAUUACGAGUCUUUCCGUCGUCGAACAUCGUUCGCCGCUGGCUUGGGAGAACAACAGGUGGACUUGAGAAGCCUGACUUUCUCCGAUGCUGAGACAAGAUAA